AUGACGGGCAUCAACCUGCAGAGCGUCCCUACGGCAUGCCUGGCGUCAGCCGCGGCAGGAGUAGCCUUCCAUGGUGUCGUGCAGUACAUCGAGCUGGACCUUAUCCUGCUCCACGCGCUUGUGGCUGCAAGCUUCCUGCUGCCAGCUCUGAUCUACAUCGAUAUCAACGUCUACGACUCAACAUUACAAUUCUCGACCCUGAAACUCGCCUGCUUUGCAUUCGGGCUCACGUCAUCCAUCCUCGUUUACCGCGCCUUUUUCCACCGGCUCAAGCGUUUUCCCGGACCGUUCGCCGCCAGAUUGUCCAAGCUCUACGCAGUGUCCCUUUCCACUGGUUUACGCUACAAUAUUGAGUUACAGAAGCUUCACCAAAAGUAUGGCGACGUCGUGCGGACAGGCCCCCGAGAGCUAUCUAUAAUUCGACCCUCUGCCAUCCCCGCCAUUAUUGAGUGCCCGAAGAAUUAUUUCUACCAGCAUACCGACUGGAGAUCCGACCACGUUGGCUUGGCCGAGACCCGGGAUAUCGAGGACCAUCAGCGGAGAAAGCGGGGGUGGGACAGAGCUCUCAACCUUAAAUCAAUUGAGAAAUAUGAAGCUGCAAUCCAGAACGCCAUCUCUGACCUCCUCGAAAUCUUCUCGUCCACCGGGGGUAAGCCUUUUGACGUCACGCAAGGUAUGCUAUGGCUUGCAUACGACGUCAUGGGCAUCGUCGGCUUCAGCCGUGACUUCGGCCAGGUCCGGACACGCGGAGGCGACAAGUCAAUGGCCGCCAUGCGGGAGCAGAUGAAGAUCCUGGGUUUCAUGAAGCACAUCCCGUGGCUAAUCAACGUCAUUUUGAACAUACCCGGAGUUACUGGCAUGAGCGGCUUCCUCAGGAAGUGCCGGCAGCUCGCCGAAGAGAAGCAAAAGACCUGGAACCCCGACGACAAGUCGUCCGCCACACAGGACAUCAUCUCCUGGCUCCUGCACGCCUACGAGACGAAGGCAUCCUACGCACCCCCCACCCUGCAAGCCCUCGACGAAGACACGCGCGUCACCAUCCUCGCCGGCUCCGACACAACCGCCGGCACCCUUGCCAACAUCAUCUACUACCUCACCCUCCACCCACACACCUACACCGCCCUCCAAACGCGCCUCGCCACCCUCUUCCCCGGCGGCGCCCCCACCUUCUCCUACGCGACCCUCGCCCGCAGCGCCCGCGGCAAACCCGCCCUCGCCCUCCUCGACGCCAUCAUCGCCGAAACCCUCCGCCUCAAGCCCGCCAUCCCCUCCGGCAACGGGCGCACCACGCCGCCCCAGGGCGUCGUCCUGCCCGACGGCACGCGGCUGCCGGGCAGCGUCGACGUGUGGAUGCCGCAGUACGUGAUGCAGCGGGACGCGCGGCACUUUGUCGAACCCGAUGCGUUCGUGCCGGAGCGGUGGAUGGAGGGGAGUGGGAAGGAGGGGUGGGUCAAGGAGCGCAGUGCGUGGUGGCCGUUUUAUAGCGGGAUGUAUGCGUGUCCCGGGAAGCAGAUGGCGUACCUCGAGAUGCGGAGUGUGGUUGCGAGGAUGGCGUUGGGGUUUGAUUUGAAGAGGCCGGGGGAGGGGGAGGAGGGAGCGCAGGAUUGGGGGAAGUUUGAGGAGGAGACGUUGGAUACGUUUACGUUGACGGUGGCGCCGUUGAGGUUGUGUUUUGUGGAGAGGGGGGUUUGA